GACGAGGUAGUAGAAGCAAAAGCGCUCGUGCUAUGCUCAGUGGGUGGUCACUUCACUUGUGCCCGUCAUUGGCGCGCUCUCUGACGACCGAGUUCAAGAAAUCGCACCGCCAUUCGCUUUCUCCUCCCUCCUCUCUCUCUCUCUCUCUCUCUUAAUUACUCCAACAAAAAUCCCGCCUAACCUCUCCUCUUGCUUUCGAAUCCCCUUUGUCUCUCACAUGGUGGAAGGGAGGUAGAAUAAAGCUGGGGGAGGAAGAAGGACAGGGAUGCUUUCCCCAUUACCGAGAAAGGAGAGGCUUUGAUCUCAGUUUCUUGCAAAAGUUCGAGGAACAGGGGUCGCUGUCCUGUUCCUGAGCUGCAGUUGUUCUGGCUGUCGCCAAGGUGACUCCUUUGGGUUCCAUUUAUCUCCCUCCUUUGGUGGUACUGGUAUGAAGGAGGGAUCUUGGUGGGUGGGAUUUGAGGAGGUGGAGAAAGGUCGGAGCUUGGCGUUUCCGGUAAGGUUUUGAAGGGUUUAAGGGUGUUCCACAGGAUCUAUUCAUGUGAGCAAGAUGGCGGAGGAGGGAUUCAGAGCGAAGGUUCGAGUGGUACGGUGCCCCAAGUGCGAGAAGCUUCUCCCUGAGCUCGCCAACUUCUCCGUCUACCGCUGCGGUGGCUGCGGCGCGACUCUCCAAGCCAAGAAGUCUGUUCCAGGCUCGGUGGUUUCACUGGAGAAAUCCGAGGCAGAGGGCAUCAAAACUAUCGAGGUCUUUGAGCUUGAUACAGAGAAACAUGGUAUGGUCUCCGAUUCAAACUUGGAAACCGAUGACAAGGGCAAUAUAGCUGAGAGCAGGUCAAAGAAGUCCCUUCCACAAGGGGCAGCGAGUUCCCAUGAUGUAUCUGUGACCGGAAAUGGAGGUAGUGGUACGAGGAAGGAACACAUCGUCUCAAAGUCAGAUGGUCUUCCCAAAGAAAAUGGAGUGGAUAGUAUGGAGAGUUCUAAAUCUCGGUGCCAAUGCAAAACACCAUCAAGUGAACACAGCCGACAUGUGACCGAACACCCAGAGAGGGACCGAACACCAAGAUCUCCUCCCAUGGCAAGCGUUCAUCCUGAUCUACAUCCCACUGAAGGCCCAUCCGAUCACCUUCGGAAUCCUAGGCAUCCUUUUGCCAAUGCUGACGGAGAAAGCAAGCAGAACUUGGAUGGCGCUAGCAGAGUUGGCCACCUCGAACAAGAUCGAGCAAAGCUCUUGAGAAUCCUUGAUGAAUUGAGAGAUCAAGUACGUCGAAGUUGUGAGACUACAGACCGGCAGAAGACAACUGCUUCAGUGGAUAACGUGACAACCUCAUCGAAUUCAUAUGUCCAUCAUGACAAUGCCAAUUGGUUUCCUGAAAGCUCGUCAUCCUCAAACUUGAAUCCGUCUCGGUAUUUUCCAGUGCGGCAUGACCAUCACACCAGCAUGUUCAAUUUCUAUCCUAGUAUGCCUGCUCAGAGUGACAUACCCAUUUACGGGGAUCCAUUUGGUCAUAGGAGAGCUCCUCUUCACCUGCCCGGAGAGUGCACACAAAGACAAAUGGACAGUUUUCUUUUUGGACACUUUGAUCCUGCUCCUGUCAUGCCUUAUCGUCACGAUGGUUUCUAUCACCAGCCUGCUUGCUCAUGUCCCCAGUGCUACCAGAGACCAUUCGUGCUUCCUGCAAGAGCCCCACCAACAAUCUUGGGCUAUCAGAGGGUUCCAUAUCCCACGACUAAUCAUGAGCUCUAUGCAGUUGAUGGUACCAGAAGUUACAAUUCGAGGGUUGGAAAUGCUGCUUUGCACAGGUUUGAACCAAGAUCGCAAUAUGAUUCAAGGUUGAGCAAGAAUGCUGCACGUUCUUGUCAACCUGUUGUCGGUGCUGCUCCAUUUACUGUAUGUCCUAGUUGUUUUGAACUUCUGCAACUACCUGAAAAGUCUUUGCUACUGAAGAAUAAGUUUGAUCUGCGUUGUGGAUCUUGCUUCAAGUUAAUUUCAAUCCAAUAUGAAGGAAGUAGGCUUGUUCUAUCUGCCAUCACAACAGUCUCACAUGUAUCUUCCGAGAACCAUAACUCGUCCUGUGAUAGCCCAGUAGGUGGAAUCCGGUCUAUUGGUGAGAAGCUAGUUUUACCUUACAUUUUCACAAGCAAUGAUCAUGAGAUGAUAGAAGGGGGACAUGAUUUACACUCAAGUGAGUCAGAGAAAACGCAUGGGUUGUCUUUAUCUUCCACUACAUCUGGGUAUGUUGAGAGCCCGGAAAGUGCAAUUUCACAGAAGGAUGUUCCAAUCUCGCCUGGCGUCUCCUUAGAAACUCAGGUGAUCUCACGAGUUCCAAGUUUACCGCUUCGUGAACACUUUGGAUUCUCACUAUCUGAUCAAGCAGUUGAUGGAUCCGGCAAUGGAAGCAGGAGUACACGUUCUGAUCAAGUGAGAAAUAUAUCCCUAAAUGGAAAUUUCAAGCAGAACUCAGCAAAAGAUGUACAAAUGGCUAUUCAGAUGGAUUUAUCAGAUGACGAGGAUCCACCUGCUGGUUUGUCUCAAGACUCUUGGCACAUGAUAAGCAAAGAUGACUUUCAACCUAGAUUCAUGAAGGCUAAUGAUUCGUUCCUUGCUGGCUUCAUAAAGAAGAGCCUUCGUCCUUUUCACCAAUCACUCGGGCAUGGUGGAUUUAAAGUUUCAAUUAAUGGCCAACCUGUCUCUGACCGUUCAGUUAAAAAGGCUGAAAAGCAAGCUGGUCCAAUCUUUCCUGGUGAUUAUUGGUACGACAACCGUGCUGGAUUUUGGGGUGUGAUGGGACAACCAUGUCUUGGAAUAAUUCCUCCAUUCAUUGAAGAAUUUAAUUAUCCGAUGCCCAAGAACUGUGCUGGGGGAGAUACUGGUGUUCUUGUGAAUGGGAGAGAGCUCCAUCAGAAGGAUCUGGAUUUGCUUGUUGGUCGCGGGCUUCCACCGACCAGAGGUUCUUCCUAUAUAAUUGAGAUUUCUGGGAAAGUUUGGGAUGAGUCAUCCGGUGAAGAGCUAGACGGUCUUGGCAAACUUGCGCCAACAGUUGAGAAAGUGAAACAUGGAUUCGGCAUGUGUCUUCCGUAUGUCUUUGCUUAAGUGAUGAUCUAAAGGGACGACGGUGAUGACACCAAAUCAUCCGAUGCAGAUUUCAGUUCCCAUGGAUGUAAAGGGCAUGAAGUCAAGACUAAUGUAUGCGGGUGUUCCGCUCCGCUUAUCUACUGAAUUCAUUUGUAUCUUAACGAGGUUCUUGUUUGCCAACUUUUCGUAUCUAUCGUGGUUUGUCUUGGAAAGCUUCAGCCGUGUGAUGCAUUGAGAUCAAAAUACUUUGCUCAUAAAAGCUUGUGUGCAGUUGUUAGUGUUGUAUUUCUAACCAUAUUGGAAAAUUGGUAACUCUUUGUAUUUA